AUUCAUUCUUCAAGCAAGGCCCAAUUCCACUGUCAUUGAUUUCCAGAAACCCCAAAAAAAAACAUCCAGAACAAUCCAGAAAACUCUCUCUCCAUAUUCUUUCAUGGUCACUUCCUUUCUCUCUCUACCUGUAAGAAGGCAGAGCAAAGCCAAUUAACGACGCUUCAGGGAGGAGAAAAAACAAAGCCUUUGCCAAAUUAUCAAUUUAUACCAGUGCGUUAUAAACAGAAGAAAAGGAGCAGAUACAAUAAUGUUUGGGGUAGUAUUUCCUAACCGAAGUUUUCCACUUGACAUUUCUACCUUUGCCCAAAUAGACACGAUGCACUGGGUCCUUGAUAUGAAUCACUUUGUGGGAGAAGCAUAUGAUCAAAUCAAAGAAAUGUGCAUAUUUUUGCUCAACAACUUCACCCUUCCAGCAGACAAAGCCCUAGCAGUUUAUGUACAGUCCCCAGGGUCGCCUUUUGUGUAUUGUGGUGCUGUCACUGUAUCCCGCCCUUCUGCUGUUCUCUCUCUUCUCUGGCCGGAGCCUGGAACUCAAGGUCAUUUUCAGAUUACAGCUGACUCUGCUCCUCUUUCUGCUAAGAUCGGGGUUUCAGUCCAGGACCUAUCGUCCCUCCAAUCUCUUGAUAUUGCUGCAGACAAGAAGAUCGAGCACACGGCGCUGAAAGUUGGGGAGAAUCUCUUUAAUUUCAUGCAGUCCUUUUGUGGUGUGGAUGGUAGCAAAUUGAUCGUGCCCAUGGAUAUCUUGGACAGAUGGUUCAAGAAAUUUCAGGAGCGUGCUAAGCGUGAUCCUGAUUACUUGAAGGGUUUUACCUUGUAGCCAAGUAAGCCAACUGAAGUAUUGAGGUACUGCUGUAGAUUUGGAGUGAGUUAUAUAGUAGUAUAAGUUCUUGGUUUGUUGUAUUUUCUUGUGUUUUAAUUGUAGAAACUUUUGAUCGUGAAUUGGAAUUAUAGUUAUUCCGGAUAUCCAGAAUUCUGUCACAUUUAAUGUUGUACAUUAAUGAAAAGGGUGGUUUGGGUAGUCA